CAUUUUAUUCAAACUCUCGUUCUUGAUACCCUUUUCUCUAUUUUCAAUACCCAAAAACCCAUAGACAGAGAAAAAGCAAAGCAAAACGGAAAGUAGACAUUGGCUCACACUUUUCCCCCUCAUCUUCUUUUCACUUCUACUUCACCUUCUCCAAACAAUCAAGAACUGAGUAGGAAAACGCUGGAAGCACGGAAAAUGCGUUUCCUCCUACUUCUCUUCCUCAUUCUCCACCUUCACUUCCGCUAUUCCACCGGCGCCAGACCUGGCCGGAUGCCGGAGUACCGCGCCUUACUCUCCAUUAAAGCUGCCAUCACCGAGGACCCGCAAUCUACGCUGGCGUCGUGGAACGCCAGCACCAGUCAUUGUACAUGGGAGGGAGUCACGUGUGAUGUUUCCGGCAGGCAUGUGACGGCUCUCGACAUCUCAAACCUUAGCCUUACUGGUACGCUCUCCCCGGACGUGGGCCAUCUACGGUUCCUUGUCAACCUUUCCGUCGCUGCCAACUCCCUCUCCGGCCCUGUUCCUCCCCAGAUUUCUGAUAUCCCUAACCUGCGAUAUCUCAAUCUUUCCAACAAUGUGUUCAAUCUUAGUUUUCCCCCGCAGCUUUACAGACUCAAGAACCUCCAAGUUCUCGACCUUUACAACAAUAACAUGACUGGAGAUUUUCCUUCACAAGCGUAUUUGCUCACUAGUCUCCGCCAUUUGCACCUUGGCGGGAACUUCUUCUCAGGUGAAAUCCCCCCGUCUCCGGCAAUGAGCUCACUGGAGCUAUUCCGCGGGAGAUCGGAAACUUAACUCAGCUCAAGGAGCUUUAUAUUGGGUACUACAACACAUUUUCCGGUGGAAUACCCAAGGAGAUUGGGAAUUUGUCAAACCUGGUCCGGUUCGACGCUGCGAACUGCGGGCUCUCCGGCGAGAUUCCUGCGGAGAUCGGGAAUUUGCAGAAUCUAGAUACUCUGUUCCUCCAAGUGAAUGGGCUUACAGGAGGCUUGACACCGGAACUUGGCAACUUGAAGAGCCUGAAAUCAAUGGAUCUGUCAAAUAACAUGCUUUCCGGCGAAUUACCCCCCUCAUUUGCAGAGCUGAAAAACAUGACUCUCUUAAAUCUUUUCAGGAAUAAGCUUACGGGUUCCAUUCCGGACUUCAUUGGGGAGUUGCCGGAGUUACAGGUGUUGCAGCUUUGGGAAAACAACUUCACUGGAAGCAUUCCUCAAAAUUUAGGUACCAACGGGAAUCUGCAUGAAGUGGACGUUAGUUCCAACAAAUUGACGGGAAAUUUGCCCCCAAAUCUGUGUAAUGGCAAGCAGCUUCACACAUUGAUCACUCUGGGGAACUUCCUAUUCGGCCCGAUUCCGGAGUCACUGGGUCAGUGUGAGUCAUUGAGUCGGGUUCGGAUGGGCGAAAACUAUCUAAAUGGGUCCAUUCCAAAAGGCCUGCUGAGUUUGCCGAAGCUAACUCAAGUGGAGCUUCAAGACAAUCUUUUAUCUGGUGCCUUUCCUGAGACUGAUAGACCGUCCACAACUUUGGGGCAAAUUAGUCUGUCUAACAAUCACCUAUCUGGGCCGUUGCCGCCAAGUAUAGGCAAUUUUGUGGGUGUUCAGAAGCUUUUGCUCGACGGCAACAAGUUUUCGGGCAGGAUUCCAGCUGAAAUAGGGAAGUUACAGCAGCUAUCCAAGAUGGAUUUCAGUCACAACAAUUUAUCGGGUCCCAUUGCUCCGGAAAUAAGCCGGUGUAAGCUCUUGACGUUCGUUGAUCUCAGCCGGAAUCAGCUAUCUGGUAGCGUUCCAACAGAGAUCACUGGUAUGAGGAUUUUGAACUACUUGAAUCUGUCAAGAAACCAUUUGGUGGGCAGCAUUCCCUCUUCGAUUGCUAGUAUGCAGAGUUUAACUUCUGUUGAUUUUUCGUAUAAUAAUUUUUCUGGUUUGGUUCCUGGGACUGGUCAGUUCAGUUAUUUCAAUUACACCUCGUUUUUGGGCAACCCCAAUCUUUGUGGCCCGUACUUGGGACCCUGCAAAGAGGGCAUAGCUGAUGGAGCUGAAAGGCCACAUGAGAAGGGGACUUUCUCUCCUUCAAUGAAGCUUUUGCUUGUUGUAGGAUUGCUGGUUUGUUCGAUCGUCUUUGCUGUGGCUGCAAUUAUUAAGGCCCGGUCAUUGAAGAAAGCUAAUGAGGCUCGUGCGUGGAAGCUAACUGCUUUCCAAAGAUUGGAUUUUACAAGUGAUGAUAUCCUGGAUUGUCUUAAAGAGGAUAAUAUCAUUGGAAAAGGAGGUGCUGGUAUUGUUUACAAGGGGAUCAUGCCGAAUGGAGAACAGGUUGCUGUGAAAAGGUUGCCGGCAAUGAGCCGAGGCUCUUCACAUGAUCAUGGGUUCAAUGCUGAGAUACAGACUCUAGGCAGGAUUAGGCAUAGGCAUAUUGUUAGACUAUUGGGUUUCUGUUCCAAUCAUGAAACAAAUCUAUUGGUUUAUGAAUACAUGCCUAAUGGUAGCUUAGGGGAAAUGCUUCAUGGCAAGAAAGGGGGUCAUUUGCAUUGGGAUACUAGGUAUAAGAUUGCUGUGGAGGCUGCAAAGGGCCUCUGCUAUCUCCACCACGACUGCUCACCUUUGAUCGUUCACCGUGAUGUCAAAUCAAACAAUAUCCUCCUGGACUCUAGUUUUGAAGCUCAUGUUGCUGAUUUUGGACUGGCCAAGUUCUUGCAAGAUUCAGGGACAUCAGAGUGCAUGUCUGCUAUUGCUGGUUCUUAUGGCUACAUCGCUCCAGAAUAUGCCUAUACACUUAAGGUUGAUGAAAAGAGUGACGUAUACAGCUUUGGUGUGGUUCUGUUAGAACUCGUCACCGGCAGAAAACCAGUUGGUGAGUUUGGCGAUGGUGUCGACAUAGUCCAAUGGGUUCGCAAGAUGACGGAUGGGAACAAAGAAGGUGUGCUAAAGGUCCUCGAUCCACGACUCCCGACGGUGCCCCUCCAUGAGGUGAUGCACGUUUUCUACGUAGCAAUGCUCUGCGUAGAAGAACAGGCAGUCGAGCGGCCCACCAUGCGGGAAGUAGUUCAAAUACUCUCUGAGCUUCCCAAGCCACACGGGGCCAAGCCUGGAGAUCCAGCACCCACAGAGUCCCCUCCACCAGCAUCCAUCUUAGAAUCCCCUGCUACUGAUCCAGAAAGCCAUCACCCCAACCCACCCCAAUCACCACCACCUGAUCUCCUCAGCAUUUGAAUCUUGAAGGGCGCAUUGAAAUCUUGCUAGAUUUUCUCUUUAGGUUCUUCGAAUUUGGCGGGCAGCUAGUUCUUGCUACUUGUAUUCAUUUUACCGUUUUGCCCUUUUCUGUAUUCUACUAAGUUAACUUCAGUGUUGGUGUUGUUCCUUUGAAAGUUUGUGUACAGAAGUACUGGAGGGGUUGGCUUUUCCUAAAAGUAGCAUAAACUAUCUUCUUGAUGCA